CUUUUUGUCUAAAUGUACAAUGUUGUUGCGAACACAUUUUAUCAAAAAAAACCAAAAUAAAGAUUAAAUUCAGUGAUUUUAUCAUCAUCAUCAUCACCAUCACCUUAUUUAUCUACUUAAUAAAUGGAAAAGCUAGAUUAGUUAUAUUUUAGUUGUGAAAAAAUCAAAUAUUUAUUUUACUUGUUUUUUAUAAAGAAAACUCUAAUUAGACGCGGCAAAAUUGCAUCAAAAAUCAAAAGUUAGUUCAAUUUCUUCCAGAUAAUCAAUUUUCCCAAAUUCAGUCAACUACCUUUUCUCCCAGAAUAAUUAUACCCAAAUCUCACGACACCCAAAAAAAAUCAAAAUCAAAUUUAAUCAUAAAAAAAAUAAAAAUAAAAAAUAAAUUAAUCCCUUUACGCACAAUGAUGAUGCUAGUCAACUGCUCCGGUUGCUGGACUCCACUACAGCUACCGCCCGGCGCCCGAUCCAUCCGUUGUGCUGUUUGCCAAGCCAUUACCCAAAUCGCUGAUCCACACGCCGUCGCCCCACCUCCAUCUCAUCACGCUGGGCCACCUGCUCCUUCACCACACUCUCACGCGCCUACUCCUCCAUCACCGUACUCUCACGCGCCUCCGGGCCCUCCUCCAUCGCCGCACGGCCGUAAAAAGGCUGUUAUUUGUGGAAUUUCUUAUAAAUUCUCAAGGCAUGAGCUUAAAGGGUGUAUUAAUGAUGCUAAGUGUAUGCGGUAUUUGCUCAUUAAUAAGUUUCAGUUUCCCUCUGAAUCCAUCAUCAUGCUUACUGAAGAAGAAACUGAUCCAUACAGAACUCCUACCAAACAAAAUAUGAGGAUGGCAUUGUUUUGGUUGGUAAAUGGCUGUCAGCCCGGGGACUCUCUGGUUUUUCACUAUUCUGGCCACGGUUCACGACAGAGGAAUUAUAAUGGGGAUGAAGUGGAUGGAUAUGAUGAAACUCUAUGCCCCUUAGACUUUGAAACACAGGGGAUGAUUAUUGAUGAUGAAAUAAAUGCAGCUAUCGUCAGACCUCUUCCUCGUGGGGUGAAGCUUCAUGCAAUCAUAGAUGCCUGUCAUAGUGGCACUGUACUAGAUUUACCAUUUCUUUGUAGAAUGAGCAGGAGUGGACAGUAUGUUUGGGAGGAUCAUCGUCCUCGAUCAGGCGUAUGGAAAGGAUCCAACGGUGGAGAAGUUAUAUCGAUAAGUGGUUGCGAUGAUGACCAAACCUCAGCCGAUACAGCUGCUUUAUCUCAGGUCACUUCGACUGGAGCUAUGACUUACUGUUUCAUCAAAGCCAUUGAGAAUGGACAAGCUAGCACAUAUGGGAGCAUGUUAAAUUCUAUGCGGGCAACCAUACGCAAUGUUGGUAAUAGCUCUGGAGGAGGCUCUGGAGGAGCUCUCGGAGGUGGUGUUGUUACAUCUCUUCUGACCAUGCUAGUCUCUGGAGGAAGUGUCUCUGGGGGGCUGACACAGGAGCCACAACUUACAGCUUGCGAGCCGUUUGAUGUGUAUAUGAAACCCUUUUCAAUAUGAUUUUUAAAUCUAGAUCGAUAUCUUUCAGAAUGUCUGGUGGAAUUGCAUCUCGCCUGCUCUUUCUCGUUCUCAAAGAUGCAGGGUUUGAUGAGCUAGUUUGUGUCCAGCACUUCCUGAUUUUGCUGUAAAUGAUUAAUUAUUGAUGCAGAAUUGGAGAUGUUUUGGUGUAGAGUAAUAAACUACAGGCGGAUUAGUAUUUGCUUUUUCUAUUAUUAUUCCUUUUAACUUGCUCCCUUUUGGAGUAAUGCAGUGUAAAUACUCUAUUAAAAAUGGACUUGUCAAUUCGGGAAUUUAUAGACUUAAUUGGAUUGAAAUACUAUAUGAAGUACAUAUUACUGUGUAA